CCAGCUAACAACGUGAAAGGACAGGUGUUACUAAGUAGUAUUUAUACAGCAGAGAAUUUUAAAAUACACUUCAGAGUGUUAUACCUGUGUGCAGGAGCAGCUUGAAAGGUAACAAAGGGUAGAGAAAGAGAGUGAGAGCAAUAAGAAAAAUAGCACAAAGAUUGAGGGAAAGAAACUUUGAGUGCUUGCCAGAAAGUUUUUUAUUUUGUUUGUCUUGAGUGUAUUGGUGGCACUGUAGCAUGUUUAGGAAACCUGUUCUCUCCACAAUCCCUAAUGGAAGCUCUUUUCAGGGGCAAUCUAUUGGCAGGUUGCCCUCUCUGGACAGUAAAGAGCCAACUCAAGAAGAAAAAGUGGUGUUGAAGAAGAAAGUAACUUUUUUGAGAGGGGUGUCCAUUAUAAUUGGCACUAUCAUUGGAGCAGGAAUCUUCAUCUCUCCCAAAGGGAUCCUAAAGAACACAGGCAGUGUGGGAAUGUCCUUGAUUCUCUGGACAGUGUGUGGUAUCCUCUCACUGUUUGGUGCACUGUGCUAUGCUGAACUGGGAACAUGUAUCAAGAAAUCCGGUGGCCACUAUGCUUACAUCCUGGAGGCGUUUGGCCCAUUACCAGCUUUUGUUAGAGUCUGGGUGGAACUGCUUAUAAUACGCCCUGCUGCCACAGCCGUGAUAUCCUUGGCAUUUGGACGCUAUAUUCUGGAACCAUUUUUUAUCCAAUGUGAAAUUCCAGACCUAGCAAUUAAGCUUAUUACAGCUGUUGGCAUCACAGUGGUAAUGGUCCUGAAUAGCAUGAGUGUCAGCUGGAGUGCUCGCAUCCAGAUUUUCCUUACCUUUUGCAAGCUCGUAGCAAUUUUGAUAAUUAUAGUCCCUGGAGUUAUGCAGCUAAUUAAAGGAGAAACACAGCACUUUAAAGAUGCAUUUGCAGGGAAUGAUGCCAGUGUUAUGGGAUUACCUCUCGCUUUUUAUUCAGGAAUGUAUGCCUAUUCAGGCUGGUUUUACCUCAAUUUUGUAACUGAAGAAGUGGAAAAUCCUGAGAAAAACAUACCGCUCGCAAUAUGCGUUUCAAUGGUUAUUGUCACAGUUGGCUAUGUGUUAACAAAUGUGGCUUAUUUCACUACAAUCAGCCCUGAGGAACUGCUAAAUUCAAAGGCUGUGGCAGUGACCUUUGCUGAACGAUUAAUGGGAAAUUUUUCAUUAGCCGUUCCAAUAUUUGUCGCCCUUUCCUGCUUUGGCUCUAUGAAUGGUGGUAUCUUUGCAGUUUCCAGGAUGUUCUACGUUGCAUCCCGUGAGGGUCACCUUCCAGAAAUUCUCUCCAUGAUUCAUGUCCGCAAGCACACUCCUCUGCCAGCUGUCAUUGUUUUGCACCCUCUAACAAUGAUAAUGCUCUUCACUGGGGAUCUGUACAGCCUCCUGAAUUUCCUCAGUUUUGCCAGGUGGCUUUUUAUUGGACUAGUAGUUAUUGGGCUGAUUUAUCUCAGAUAUAAACGUCCUGAUAUGCCUCGUCCUUUCAAGGUGCCGCUAUUUAUUCCAGCUUUGUUUUCCUUCACUUGCCUCUUCAUGGUUGCACUGUCGCUUUACUCUGAUCCUGUCAAUACAGGAAUAGGCUUCGCAAUAACCCUGACUGGUGUCCCCGCCUACUACCUCUUUAUCAUAUGGGACAAGAAGCCAAGAUGGUUCAGAAGGCUCUUAGACAGGGUAACUGAAACAUUGCAAAUCAUCCUGGAAGUUGUCCCAACAGAAAAUGACUUGAAAUCGUGAUCACUUACAUCUUAAAGAAGAAGUGUUGCCUGAGUGCCCCAUUUUUGCUUGGGUCAUUGGGGUGGGCAGGUUUCCCCCCCCCACUGGAAGUUCAGAGAAUUACAAGAACAAGUCACAGUUACAAUGAAGCCUGAAAAAGACUUGGUUACUAGAGCUGUAAUUUUUUUUUUUACAUUCUCAAACUUUUGUACAAGGAGUUCGUAUGUAGAAAGUACAUCUGCUCUGUGCUGUAAAAUAACAGAAGCCACAGAGCAUCUCGUCUCUCUGGGAGAGUGGGGAAAAGUAGAAAAAAAUGAAAAAUCUUAUUUCCCUUUUCUAAUAUUAUUUUUUUAGCAAACCUUUGGUUCUUCAAAUUGGGGAUUUUACUGCAUUGUCAAUGAACAUUUGUUCCAGAAAUUUUUAAAAUCAGAUAUACUGUGAACAGUGUUUCCUGCACCCUGCUCAUGAAGAACCUAGCAAGGUAAAGCUCCUUAGCUAAAAGUUUGGGUCAACAUUGUUCUUUCUCUUUGAAUUAGAGAAGGUUUGGAAUGUUGAACUGGAAAUCUAUACAAACUGCGGGAUGUUUUCUUAAACACAUACUGAGUUCUUAGGCCUUGAAAUCUCUACAAAUGAUGUUCUUUCUCAUACAAAACCUACUUCCUGGUUCCCAGUUUCAACUGAAACUAGAAAUUAGGGAGGAAAUUGGGUUGCAAAAAUUGAAGGAAAAACUUGGUUCAGAAUCAAAACGGUUUGGUGUUUUGUUUUGUUUUUUCAGUUUGUGGUUUGGGUUAAGGUUUGGCUCAGUUGUGACUUUGCUUGCCCUUUCCUAUUAAUACUUUACACAGUAGGUGAACACUGAAAUAUUUUAAAUGACCAAGAAAAUGGUUCUAUAUUUCAAAGACUACUCCAGCCUUAGGAUAAGAUGUUACAGUUAAUAUGUUAGAAAAAAAACUUAAUUAAAUAUUUAACACACUAUUUUUAAAACUGUUGCCUAUUAGAAGAUAAAUUGUUUCUUCAAAACCUUCAUGAAACAGACGUAAAUCUUUUAAAUUAUAAAUAUUGAGGGAAACACUAGAACUGUGGAAACUUCUGCAGUUAAAGAGCUGCUGUCAACUUGAAGUAACCAAUUUUAAAGAAGAAGAGGUUUAAAGUCUGUUCACUGCACAUGCUUCUGAGAUCUCCUGCUAAUUUUUGUGGUUUUGCAAUCACAGUUUCCUGUUUGUGUGGUUUUUUCUCCUGUGUUUGUGUGAAAGACUCACAUAAACAGGGAAGAUGCAGUCAUUGACUAGAUUCUGUGCAGUUAGUGUUACUGUUUCCUCUAAGUGCAUUCAAAUGAACAAAGUAAAUAAGAGGACAAUAUUUUUCCUCUGUUUUUUGUUAUAAUAACCUUAAGUAUUGUUUGAAACUACAAUGGACAAAUAUUUUCAGAUGGAUUUUUAAGUUGACUGGGUCCCUUUAAGUUUACUAUAGUAUUAUUUUCAUAUUACAGAGAUUGAAAUUUAGAAGUGUUGAAAGCCUGUUUCAACCAUCACUUUUCAGUAGCAUUAGUUUUGCACAAGCAGUUACUUUGUCCUAAGAGAAAUCAUUUAAUUUCCUGCAAUUGUAGAUUUAAAAGAAGAAAAAUAAUUUGUGAAAUAGUAUAAUUUUUAAAAUGGCACACAGGUGCUUAUUAUUCUAAUUAAUUAUUCUAUUCUAUGAAUAUAUACAAUGUUAAUACAAAACAUUUUAAUCAGACAUCCAUUGAGUUACAAAAAGUCAGAACUAAAGACAUGUAUUGGGUCCUGAAGCAAUGGGUAUGACUGCACAAAGCAUAGGAACUAGACAAUAUAAAGAAAUCCUUGGAAUGCUGAUUUUGACCUUUUCUAAGAUGUCAUCUUCAAGUCCUUCAAGAAAGAUCCUCUCAAGUAGCAUGGUAAACCUAUGUUGUAACUUUUCUCAUUUAGGGCCCAAUCCUGCACCCAUUUAAAGGAAUGGAACUAGUAUUGUGGUAAGGAUUUGCAUCAUACUAUUACUAGUGUGGAUAAGAAUCAGGACCUUCAAAUCUCUUGACCAACCAGCUACUAUCAAAACAUCUCUUGCUAGGAAGAUGGGAUGUGUUUUUUCUUUCUAGUGUUGGUCUUUUCUGGCUUUGUCUGGUAUUCCCUCUGCAGGCAGAACUCCCACUGAAGUCAAUGAAUGAAAGUUUUUUCAGCAUAGAGACUUCAAGGGAGAUACUGAGUUGCAUCCCAUAAAGGCACAGCAUAUAGCUCGCAGCCUAGGGAAAGGAGGGACCACAGUGAUGGUAAGCCACCUUUGCACCCACUCUAUUCCAGAUUUCUCUGGGGGCUGAAAUGGUCCUGGAGGAAUGUUUAAGAUACAGCAGCCUGCCUACAGCUGCCUAUGGGUACCAGUGUCACCCAGAAUUUCUGCAGUGCUGCAUGCUGCAGGUCCACCCGACAUGCCCCUCCCAUCCCUAGCCUCCCGCCGUCUGUCAGGACCUUGUGAAGGGGUUCUCAUAUAACAGCCGGAGGCUGUCUUACUAAAUUCAUGCACUGGGGAUAUUCUCCCCUAUUCAGAUCCAGGGCUUGUAGAGCUUCUUUCACCUAGCAUGCAGGAGCUAGACAGGGUGUAAGAAUCUCACCCUUCUAGAAGAGGCCAUUAGGGCCUGAGCACCAUGUGUUUUUUGUUUACACUGAUGCAAAGUCUGUAUAAAUCACUACCAGAUCAGAACAGCAGUGCUUUACACUUGCUUUGCACAGAGGUAAAUGAUUACAUGGAUACAGGCAAUGAAGAAUCGCCUUAUAUUGCAAGCCGUGACUAGCAGCUGCAAAAUCUUAAUCUGUUCUGUGAUACUACCUCAGUGCAGGGGGCUGGAUUAGAUGACCUCUUGAGGUUGCUUUCAGCCCUACAUUAUGAUCACUUAGAGUGCACUAACCAGGAGAGGAAGUAUGUAGAGGUUAAUGUCAAUUAUAAAUAACAUGCACAUAUUCAUUACUGCAUUGCCUCUAGAUAAUGUGGUGCCAAAAGUCCCCAGUCAAGGAUCGGUGUCUCACUGUACUAAGCAUUGUUCAAACACACAACUACGGUGCCUACUGCAAACAACUUACAGUCUGAGCACAGCAAUGUAUAAUUCUAAGAUAAGGGCCAUAUAAAUUCCUAAAGAGAUUAUGUAGCUACUUCCGCCUUAACUUCUAAUAUAGUGUAGAGAGAAUAGGCUCAGGAAAGAUCUGGUUUUUAUUAGCUAGUUUUACAGAAAAUGAAAAAACAGAUUAUUUGCAUAUUUUUAAUACCGGUUUGUGUGUAUAUAUGGAAUCCCUCAUUCACAUCUAAAUAUUGUUACUAUAGGACUGUAAAUGUUUAUAAAUGUUGACAAGAUGCUAAGAUAAAUUUUAUCUGUGUAAACAUGCAACAUUGUAGCAUUUUUCUGAAAUAAAUGUAAAAUCGUAUUUCUAUAUAUUUUAAAUACCUAACACUACUUAUGCAACCAAAAUAUUGACUGCAACAUAGCUUACGUAUAUGUGCAGUUCCAAAAGCGCAUAGUAUCUACUGUAUAUGUGUAUAUAUUUCUAUAAUUCAUGUAUUCAAAUUAUAUUUAAUGAACAAACGUCUAAAUACUAACAAUAAUGCUACUAGAAAAAUGAAAAUGUCUAUGCUAUAUUUUUGUAAAUACAUAGAAAUAAUUUACUCUAUGCACAGAGAUUUCCAAAUAUUUUAUUUUGAUUUGUGCAGAUCAAGUAAUAUCUUUUACUAAUACCUAGUCACAAAAUCCAUUUACAAUGGUCUGAUAUAAAUAUAUAUCUGAUUUGACACAAUCAGUUAAGGGCUCAGCUGAUAUUAGCAGGAGUUGCGCUUGAGAAAUAACUUCAAAACAGGGCACCAAAUAAUUAUAGACAGUAGAAUAAAGGUUUUGAAAGCAUUUCCAUUAUAAACUCCAUUUUGGCCUUACAUGUCAUCAGAUAUAUUUAAUCUUGAGGCCUGUAACUAGUCUAUACAUAUUUUGUAUACAAAAUGUGGCAUAAGUUUAUUUUAACUGGAACCAGUAGAAUUUUUUUAAUUUUGUAACUUCAAUGAAAUUUCUUUUAUUAUUUGUUUUAAUG